AUGUGUCGCUUCGUCGAUGAAGCGCUUGGUUUUGCUGCUGGAUGGAAUUUCUUCAUCUUUGAGGCUGUCCUGGUUCCGUUUGAAGUUACUGCAUGCAACUUGGCGAUCCAUUACUGGAGCGACAUUAUUCCAACAGCUGUAGUGAUUGCAAUUGUUCUUGUGCUCUACGCUCUGAUUAAUGUCCUGACUAUCAAGUGGUAUGGUGAGACUGAAUUUUGGGCUGCACUUGGCAAAGUGCUUCUAGCUAUCGGCCUCAUCAUUUUCACCUUUAUCGUCAUGGUGGGUGGAAAUCCUCAACACGAUAGGUUUGGCUUCAGAUAUUGGCAUACACCAGGCGCCUUUGCAGAGCUCUACUCCGAGGGUUCUUUAGGCCGAUGGCUAGGGUUCCUCUCCUGUCUGAUUCAGGCAGCCUUCCUGAUUGCUGGCCCAGACUAUGUGUCCAUGACGGCCGGUGAGGCUGAGAGCCCCCGGAAGACCAUGCCUCGAGCCUUCAACGCAGUCUUCUAUCGUCUGACCGCCUUCUUUGUUCUCGGAGCACUCUGUGUAGGCAUCUUGGUUCCGUACGACGACCCGGAAAUGGCGGCAGCUUUCAAAACUGGAGAGCCUGGUGCAGCAGCAUCUCCUUAUGUUGUGGCCAUGAAUCGUCUUGGCAUCAAAAUCUUGCCACAUAUUGUCAAUGCUAUGCUUAUGCCAUUCGGUGCAUGGUAUGGUCUUUCUGGGGCUUUCGUAAUGAUGUUUGUGCAGGGCUAUACUGUUUUUCUUUCUGGAUUUUGGGACGUCCCAAAUUUCUUGUUUUCAUAUACCAUGAUCAGUGUAUUCCCAGCUCUUUAUAUCGGCUGGAAGCUAUUUCAAAAGACAACAAUCCAUAAGCCUCAUAAUGUCAACCUUCGCGAGGAUUUGGAUGUGAUCGACGAGUAUGAGCGGAACGUUGUUUCACAGACUCCAGAGUAA